AUGGAAAAUAAGUCAAAUAAUGAAAAUGAAAAUGAAAAUGAAAAUGGAAAUACAAACAUUAGUUCUUCAUCAUCAUCAUCAUCAUCAUCAUCAUUUAAGGCUGUGUUCAUGCAUGCAGAUGGAGUGGAUAAGUUUCUAAUGGCAAUUGGCACCAUUGGUGCAAUAGGUGAUGGUAUGUCCACACCCAUCACUCUUCUUGUCACUAGCUUGAUCAUGAAUGAGUUAGGGGCUGCCUCCUCAUCUUCACCUUCAUUCUUCAUUGAAAAGAUUAACAAGAAUGCGGUGGCUUUGCUCUACAUAUCUUGUGGAUUGUUUGUAUCUGCUUUCUUGGAGGGAUAUUGUUGGGCGAGAACUGGCCAAAGACAAGCAUCAAGAAUGCGAAAUCGAUAUCUCAAAGCGAUACUAAGACAAGAUAUAGCAUACUUUGAUCUUAAAAUUGCAUCCACAACAGAGGUAAUCACUAGUAUCUCUAGUGAUAGCCUUGUCAUCCAAGAUGUUAUUAGCGAAAAGAUACCGAACUUCUUGAUGAACUUCACCGUAUUUAUCGGAGGAUACACCCUAGGAUUCUUCAUGUUGUGGAGACUAGCUUUGAUUGCAUUACCAACUGUGUUACUCCUGAUCAUACCAGGAAUCAUGUAUGGGAGGAUAUUGAUAGGAAUAGCAUCAAAGAUUAGAGAGGAGUACAACAAGGCAGGCCACAUUGCAGAGCAAGCUAUCUCUAGCAUUAGAACAGUGCACUCUUUUGUCAGGGAAAAGAAGACGGUGGCCGAGUUCUCUGCCGCACUUGAGGGUUCUAUUAAGCUUGGUCUCCGGCAAGGCCUGAUCAAAGGCAUUGCCGUCGGUAGUAACGGUAUCAUCUAUUCGAUUUGGGCCUUCUUGUUGUGGUACUCUAGCAAACUAGUUAUCAACCAUGAUGCGCGUGGUGGAACUAUCUUCGGUGUAGGAACUAUUACCAUCGCCGGCGGCAUAGCAUUCGGAACAUCACUUUCGAACUUGAAGUACUUAGCAGAGGCAAGUGCGGCGGCCGGAAGGAUAUCAGAGGUAGUGAACAGAGUACCGAAGAUCGACUCAGAGAACGAUGAGGGCGAGAUACUACAACGUAUAACCGGAGAAGUGGAAUUCAAAGACAUUAAGUUUGCUUACCCUUCAAGGCCCGAAACCAUAGUCCUAAAUGAGUUCAAUCUAAAGGUCCCUGCAGGGAAGACAUUGGCAUUGGUUGGAUCAAGUGGCUCAGGAAAAUCAACAGUGAUUUCAUUGUUACAAAGGUUUUAUGAUCCUAUAAAUGGUUCAAUCUUGUUGGAUGGAGUGGAUAUCCAAAGGCUAAAACUCAAGUGGUUGAGAUCUCAAAUGGGACUUGUCAACCAAGAGCCAGCACUCUUUGCUACUUCCAUUAAGGAGAACAUAUUGUUUGGUAAAGAAGAUGCUUCAAUGGACGAUGUGAUGGUUGCUUGCAAGACUGCUAAUGUGCAUGACUUUAUCUCUCAGUUGCCACUUGGCUAUGAUACACAGGUAGGGGAAAGAGGAAUUCAGUUAUCAGGAGGCCAAAAACAAAGAAUAGCAAUAGCAAGAGCAGUGCUAAGAUCGCCGAAAAUUCUUCUACUUGAUGAGGCGACAAGUGCACUAGACACCGAAUCAGAAAGAAUAGUUCAAGAGGCGAUUGAUAUCGCUUCGAUUGGGAGGACCACCAUCAUCAUCGCUCAUCGCCUUUCUACUAUUCUAAAUUCUGAUAUAAUUACCGUGGUUCAAGCCGGGCAUGUUGUGGAGUCUGGGUCUCACAAUGAACUUAUGCGCGACGAGAACGGAGUUUACUCACCCUUAGUGAAACUACAACAAACACCGAUACAAGUAAGAAGAGAAGAAGAACAAUGCACAUCUAAUAUUGUGUUAGAAUCAUCAUCUUCAAGGAAAGUUAGUCGAAAUGGUAGCAUCAAAAUGUUGCUUUCAGUAGUAAGCAGGGGAAAUUCAGUGAGGUCUAUCGAAGACAACGAAGAAGAGAAUAAACAAGAAUUCAUUGAUUCUUCAGUUCCUUCUUUUUGGAGGUUGUUAUGCUUAAAUGCACCGGAAUGGAAGAAUGGAGUUAUUGGUUGUUUGAAUGCGGCUUUCUUCGGAGCCAUACAACCAUUGUAUGGAUACUCAUUAGGAAGCAUAUUAGCAGUGUUUUUCCUCAAAGAUCAUGAGGAGAUCAAGACUAAGACAAGGUUUUAUUGUAUUACAUUUGCCUUUUUGUCGCUCCUAUCACUCUUGAUCAAUAUUGGGCAACACUACAACUUUGGAGCUAUGGGAGAACAUGUUACCAAGAGAGUGAGAGAAUUAAUGUUGCAAAAGAUGCUUACUUUUGAAGUUGGUUGGUUUGAAGAAGAAGAGAACUCUACUGGUGCUCUAUGUUCUCGUCUUGCAAAAGAUGCUACAAUGGUGAGAUCUUUGGUGGGUGAUCGCAUGGCUCUUAUAAUCCAAACCUUUUCUUCUAUCAUCAUUGCGUUUGUUUUGGCAUUGAUUACUUCAUGGAGAUUAGCCAUUGUCCUGAUUUCCAUCCAACCGCUGAUCACUCUUUCAUUCUAUGCCCGGCCAGUUUUCUUAAGAAAGAUGUUGAAUAAAACAAUUCAAUCUCAGUCUGAGAGUAGCAAACUUGCAGUUGAGGCUGUUUCCAACAUUCGAACAAUCACUGUUUUCUCUUCUCAAGAUCGAUUCCUCGAGUUAUUCCAACAUUCCCAAAAAAUCUAUCAAAAUGAAGACAUUAAACAAUCUUGGUUUGCAGGUAUUGGCCUUGGUUUAUCCCUGUGUCUCAUGAGACUCACUUGGGCUCUCACCUUUUGGUACAGCGCAAAACUUUUAUCUCGCAACCAAAUCACUGCUAAGACAUUAUUCCAAACAUUUCUAAUUCUUGUAAGCACUAGUCGUAUUAUCGCCGAGAUAGGCAGUAUGGCUACAGACAUCACCAGAGGAACUAGUUCCAUUGCAUAUAUAUUCAAAAUAUUAGAUCGGCGCACAAAAAUUGAGCCAGAGGACAGUGAAGGUUAUUGCCCGGAAAAGGCCAUCGGAAAUGUGGACAUUCAAAAUGUGGACUUCGCAUAUCCAACUCGACCAAAUCAACUUGUUUUUAAAAACUUCUCCUUAAGCAUUGAAGCCGGAAAAUCUACUGCUAUUGUUGGACCAAGUGGUUGUGGGAAGUCAACUAUUGUUUGUCUAAUAGAAAGGUUUUAUGAUCCACUCUUAGGGAAGGUGAAAAUUGAUGGAAGAGACAUUAAAUCAUACAACCUUUCUUCUUUAAGAAAGCAUAUUGCUUUAGUGAGCCAAGAGCCAAUGCUAUUUUCAGGUACAGUAAGGGAAAACAUUACAUAUGGAACAGAAGUGACUACAGAAGGAGAGAUAGAGAAUUCUGCAAAAUUAGCCAAUGCUCAUGAGUUUAUAAGUAGUCUUACAGAUGGAUAUGAGACAUUAUGUGGAGAUAGAGGUUUACAACUCUCUGGUGGGCAAAAGCAGAGGAUUGCAAUAGCAAGGGCAAUAUUAAAAAAUCCAGCAAUACUUUUAUUGGAUGAAGCUACUAGUGCACUAGAUAGUUGGUCAGAAAAAAUUGUCCAAGAAACACUAGAGAGAGUGAUGAUUGGAAGGACUUGUGUUGUCGUAGCUCACAGAUUAAGCACAGUACAAAAUUGUGAUCUUAUUGUUGUGCUUGAAAAAGGAAAAAUAUUAGAAAAGGGAACUCAUGAUUCUCUUCUGGCUAUUGGACCCUCUGGAGCUUACUUUGCUUUGGUGAACCUUCAACAAGGACCAUUGUCACCGGAAGUUUAA